CAACAAAUGACCUACAAAUAUUUUGCUGUAAUUGAAAGUUAUUUAUAGUUAUUUAGCUUUGCGAAAUGAAUGAGCCACAGAGGAAUGGGAAUACUGGCCAACCUUCCCAAGGUCUCUACACAGUGGACACUACAGGACUCGGCUAUCCUUCUAGAGACACUGGCUUAGUUGCAGGGACAUGGGUCAAUCAUCAGACAACCACAAUGGACCAUCCCCCGCAGGGAGUCAUAAUUACCCAGGGGAACAAUAUCAAUCAGCAACACCCAAUUAUGUCAAGCCUACAUCAUAUGGCACCGGUUAUAAUGGAGCAACAGCUUUCCCAUCAGUCUCAAAGUCAAGUGAUUCAUACAGUUGGUCAUGUGACUUUGAAUCCAAGUGUAUCACAACCACAAAAUGUUCAGUUUAUCCAGAAUCCUCAGUCGCUAACUGUUCAGUCACAUGAUUCACAAACAAGAGAACAGUCAAGAAAAGAUGGUAACUCAAGGCCUCCUGUGACUGACAUUAACCCCAUCCAAAAUACAGCAGUGUCUCGAGUUUCUCCUGUCCUCCAAGACAUAUCCCAGCAUGCCCCUCAACAAUGGCAGGCUAUGCAAACAACAACACCAGCCAUUCAAUAUAACUCAAAUCAAGAUGCUCAGAAUAUUGUCCAGUCAAUAGGCACAGUCAACCCAGUGAUGGUCCCUGCAGGAGAUGUUGAAACCAGUGCUAGUAACUCCACUGGAGCUGGAGGACGAAUGAACUUGUUAUACUACUGUAAUACUUGCAAUCUUGCAUUCACUGACAUUACUGAUUUCCAGACGCAUAGUCAUUCAUUUAUAGAAGCCAUAGAUCAACAAACAGCCUUGUCACAACCAAUUUUGUCACAACCUAUAUUGUCACAACCAAUUUUAUCACAACCAACUUUGCCUCAACCAAAUUUGUCGCAAUCAAAUUUAUCACAACCAGAAAUAACUCAAUCAACUAUGUCUCAAUCUGCUCUGUCACAACUGGCUUUGCCUCAAACAAUACCAACUCAAUUACAGGUACAGCACAAUACAAGCUCAUUUAAAUUGAGCGAAGCAUCAGGAAAGCAUAUUAUUGUUGAGACAGUCCAACCAUCAGAUGUGAACAUACAGGAAUCCUGGCAGCCACAGACUCAGCCAGUAGCAAUCAAGCCUAAAUCAAUAAAAGAUUUUUCAUGUAAAAAAUGUGGCGAGAUUUUCCCUAAUAAGACCAUGCUUGGUGUACAUAUGAAAACACACAGGUCAUCGCAGACAUUCCCUUGUGCGAUUUGUAAUAAACAAUUCACAUACAGACACACAUUAAAGGAACACCAGAAGAUCCACUUGGAUUCCCGAGAGUUCUCAUGCUCUUUUUGUAACAAAACAUUUCGGAGGAAAGAACACCGUGAUCGCCAUAUCACAACACAUACCGGAGCAAAAAAUUAUGCAUGUCAGUUUUGUGAUGCAAAAUUUUCACGAAAAUAUGAUUUGAAAUUGCAUCAACGAGGGGUUCACGAUCAAAAGGGUGUUGCGAUUAACAGUCUGCGAACAGAAUCAACUGGACCAACUCAAAAUAAGGUUCUCACUAGUGGAAAUGACAAACAUGAAGUCAGUCCACUUAAGGUCAUCCAAAAUGAACAAUUGGUCACAGUUCCUAUUCAACAAGAGCCAGAGUUUAGAUCAAAUUACAACACUCAUUUAUAUGACAGAGCUGGGACAGUCGCAGCAGGAAACUUGUAUAACAAUCCAAAAGCUAUCCCCAGCUCGAAUCUAGAAGUUCCCAGUGCGCCUGAACAAGUUAAGCAAUUAUUUCUACCGGAGCCCCCAAAAACUGAUCAAUGCGUCUGUGGACAGUGCUCCAAGGUUUUCUCAAGUGAGGAAUUCCUGAAGAUUCACUUGGAAGAUUGCCUGACCACACGUCGUUAUUACUGCAAGAAAUGUAACAGGGGCUUUACACGCAAUACGUAUCUUAAAGCUCAUAUGCAGAUCUGCCGUUCCAGUUCUACAGUUGCAUUCUUUUGUCCACACUGCCCUAAAGGCUUUAAGUGGAAACAAAACCUAACUGAGCAUAUUAAGGUACAUGGGAAUACAUCAGAUCUCGGCUGUGAAAAAUGUAACAAAAAAUUCAGCUCAUAUCGGUCUUAUAAGAGACAUGUGAAGAAGCAUCAAGAGGAAGCAACUAAGCAAGAAAAGAAAACCAUUAAUAAUGCAACCUUUGGAAUUUCUGAAAAGGAUACUAAUUCAAAACCUGCCGUUAAAAAACCACACGUUUGUUCCGUGUGUGGGACAUCUUUUAGAUUCAUAAAUAAUCUAAAGGACCAUAGUCACAUACACACAGGUGCGAGGCCACAUAAGUGUCAGUAUUGCCCGAAGACUUUUAUACGUAAAGAUCACCGAAUUCGUCACGAGUUAGGAAUCCAUAAAGGCGUCAAACCUUACUGUUGUACUCUAUGUGGCAUUGCCUACACCAGGAAAUCAACUCUUUUAGUGCAUAUAGAGCGAGAUCAUAAAAACCCAGAGAAGGCACAUGUCAAGAAGAAUAAGGGUGAAAAAAUUGAGAUCGCAAUGAAGAAUCAGGAAAAUGAUAGUACUGAAUAUAGGUGCUAUCUUUGUAAUGAGAUGUUCUUAGACAUCAAGCUCUUACAGGAUCAUUUCAAGACGCAUACUUCAAAGACCUUUACCUGCCCUACCUGUGAUGAGGUGUUUGUGAAGGAACGUGCCUUGGAGCUUCAUAUAAAUGCUCACAUCAAGCGUAAUGAGAUCCAGUUUUACCAGUGUCAGAUUUGUGGCAAAUGCUUUAUCACCAAGGCGGAGUACAUGAAACAUGGCCACGUAUCAGAGUUGAUCAGACAGUUUAGCUGUACCAUUUGCUGCAAAAUGUUCCGAAAAAAGAGCAGCGUAAGAAAGCAUGUUCUAAUGAAACAUGGAGCUAGUAAAGUAAGUGGAAAUGAUUCAAAGGAGGGACGUGUUGAUGGUAAGUUCCUCAAUGUAAAGGACAGUGAAAAUGAUGCUAUCGCUGAAGCAAACCUUGCUCCAAAUGAGAAGGACACCAAUACUCAAUCUGGUGGUACAUAUCAAAUUGAAGUGGAUACAGGGGUAAAAUCAAAUGAGGAUGAAGAUUUAACGAAACAAAUGGACACUGGUGCACAACUGGAAAAAGAUAAUGAUCUAAUGGAAACUGAUGAACAAUCAAACGAUGUAGAUCUAAAUGAAGUGAAUACUGGUGUAAAAUCUGAAAAGGAUGAAGAUCAAAUGAAACAAGUAGAUACCUGUGUACAAGUUAAAAAAGACAGUGAUCAAAUGGAAACUGGUGUUCACUUGAAAAAAGGCAAUGAUCAAAUGGAAAUUGAUACUGAUGUAGAUCAAAUUGAGGUUGAUAUUGUUGUAAAAUCUGAAAAGGAGAAAGAUCAAAUGAAACAAGUUGAUAUCGGUGUUCAAUUGAAAAAAGACAAUGAUCAAAUGGAAAAUGAUUUACUAUCUAAUGAUGUAGAUCAAAUCGAAGUGGAUACUGGUGUAAAAUCUGAAAAGGAUGCAGAUCAAAUUAAUCAAGUGGACACGGGUGUACAAGUGACAAAAGACAAUGGUCAAAUGGAAACUGAUGUACAAUCUAAGAAUGAUACAGAUCAAAUUGAAGUGUACGUUACUGAAAAUAAUAUGAAUCAAGUCGGAAUUGGUAAACAAUUGAAAAAAGUUAUGGACCAAAUUGAAAUUGAAAAUGUGGUACAGUCUAAUAGUGAUAAAGAUCAACUGAAAAUUGACAUUGAUGUAAGAAACAAGGGAGUUUCUCAACAUAAAGAAGAUGAAGACACUGUUGUGAAAUUAAAUGAAAACGAAGCUUGUGAUCCUAAAUAUUUAAAUAUGUCAAAAACCAGUGAUAAGCCAGAUUCUGGAUCGGAACUAAAGGUCUCUGACCUGAACAAUACUGUGUGCAAUAUUACAACAAAUGACGACAUCAAUACAAAAUAUGAUAUCAUGACAGAUAAAGAUAAAGAAGAUAAUAUUGCAAAUAAGGAUAUUACUGAAAAGAAAGAUGUCAUCCCAAAUGAAGAUAUUACAACCAACAGUGAAGAUAUAACAGCCAUCAAUGUUGACAUUAUAAGAAGUGACGACACUGUAUCAGAUAGGAUUGAACAUACUGCUGUAGACAAAGCCAACAGUUCAGUGCCAAUAACAGAAUCCAAUAUUGAAGAAAUUGAAUUGAAAGGAUAUGGGGGUGAUUUUGAAUCAAUAGUCCCUAAAGUGAAAAAGAACAUUGGUCUUCUAAAGUAUUCAAAGACUAUAAAGAUGACAUCGUUCACAUGUGGAAUUUGCGAGGUUGUUCUGAAGACUCGUUGGUCGAUGUUAGUUCACUUAAAAAAACAUGUGACUAAAAAUAACACAUGCAAAUAUUGUAAAGCGACUUUUAAGGAUCAGGGUGAGAUAACUGCUCAUGUUCAACAAUUUCAUUCGUCGAAAGAUGGUGAAUCUUUUCGCUGCUUGGAAUGUGGAAUAUUGUGUUCAACUCUUAAAGGUUUGGCAACUCAUAAUCGUAAAAAACAUGACAAUGUUGAAAAAAUGUUCAAAUGCACGUUCAAGUGUCCUAAAUCUUUUGCAACAAAAGAAUUGUUAGAUAGGCACAUCAAACGCCAACAUGAGAUAAAAGCUGACGAUAAACGCUGUAGUGUUUGCGAUCGUGCAUUUUCAUCACAGAGUAAACUUGAAGAUCAUCAACGGGGACACACUGGUGUCAAAUUGUUGUGCUAUAUAUGCGGGAAAAAGUUUAAAUUCAAAAAUAAUCUGGGGACUCACAUGAAAGAGCAGCAUAACAAGAAAGCUGAAACAUACCUAUGUACACAGUGUAAUAAGGAGUUUAAAAGUUUGCGAUAUCUCAAAACACAUUUGUUGACAAAUGUACACUGGGAGAGUGGGGAAACGCUAACUGGGGUGAAUUGAUUGAUUGCUAACUGUGGGA